UCAACACAGUUUAUAUUACAAGUGUUUAAUAUGUACAUGAGGCGUUAUGUAAUGUAGCUGUGGAGAGUUUAAAUCUACACACACAGUUACACACACACACUCUCAUGUGGAUUUUCCACUUGUUUGUACCUGCAGUGUCUCCAACAUGUACAAACCCACCUGAACUUUAUGAUCCACAUGUGAUGCUGAAACUGUCCCUUACAGCAGCCAUGCCGGUGCUGGAGGUGACCUGCAGCCUGAUUGGCUGGUUCUGUCUCUACCUGUUGUUCUGCUGCACCUUCACUCGGCGGGGGCCCGAGUGGAGCUGCCGGCUCGUCACUUUGUCCCACGGGGUCAUCAUCGUGCUGCUGACUGCGUACGUCCUCUUCACAGACGGACCCUGGCCCUUCACACAUGCAGGUACAGAAAACACUGAGCUGCAGAUUUCCUCCCUGUCCGUGUGCCUCGGCUACUUCUUCUUCGAUUUGUGUUGGUGCGUGCUCUACCACACCGAGGGUCCCGUCAUGCUGGCGCACCACGUCGCGAGCAUCGUGGGCAUCCUGCUGGCUCUGCUCAUGGGGGUGUCCGGCUGCGAGACCUGCGGGGUCAUCUUCGGCAGCGAGAUCACCAACCCCCUGCUGCAGACCCGCUGGUUCCUCCGGCAGCUGGGCCUGUACGACAGCCUGCUGGGCGACGCCGUGGACCUGCUUUUUAUCGUACUGUUCGCCACCGUGCGCGUCGGGGUCGGCACGGUCAUGUUUUACUGCGAGCUCACGUCUCCCAGGACCACGCUGAUAAUGAAGCUCGGCGGCGUGGCCAUGUACGGACUAGCCUGGGUGUUCAUGGUGGACAUAGCCCGGUUUGGCUACAAGAAGAGUCGAGCCAAGUAUAAAAGGUGGCGAGAGAAUCACAAGCUCAACCAAGUUAGCGCACAAAAACUGGAGUGACUGAAGGACUUCAGCUCAAAGUUACGAUCUGUGGUGCCGUCGCUCACGUCUCAAACUGGAGGAAUAAAUCAAAGAACAUUUAGAUGCAAAAGUCUUUUUAAAUAAGACUUUCAGAAUCCAUCAAACAAUGUAUACCAGUCAUAAUGAAGAAAAGUGUACGAGGGCGUGCGAGGCUACACAACACUUCUUAUUAGCAAACAACAGAAUAAGUAACAUCUGUAUUAAUAACUUAGACGUGAUGACUGGUGACGCAAUGAAGAAGGACGUGCAUGUACGAUAACGGAGAAAGUUACGCAAAAAGUAUCAAAACUCAAAAUGUUUGAACGGUCCGAUAUACUUACACGUACCGAUGCUGUGAAAAGAGUCUCUUUGGCGCCCCCUGUGGUGAUCAGCUGUAACUACACGUGUUGUUUUGGAUCAUACCAGAAAACUGCGCUUGUGAUUUUUCUCCUGAACUAGGAUCGUCGAUGUAACCGAUUACAUUAUUUUCUUUUCUUUAUAGAAAUAAAAGUUUAAACAUUUUAGUUCAUGUUAACGUAUAGCUAUCAGCGCCCGCGUUCACCGCAUAAUAAAACAAAACGUAUUUCACUCAUCAGAGGACGAGAGUCAGGAGAGCUGUCCGACCACACGAUGGCGGAGGACGUCAAAUGUUUCUCUUCUGGGACACGUUCAUGCUCCUGUGCAUCAUUGCAUCAAACUGAUUUCCUGUUUUCUUUUACUCCAGUCUUUAGCGUUUAAUAUUGUGCAUUGUGUUUUACAAGAAACAACGCAGAGUUUAAAUAAAGCUUUCUCCUCUGUGGCCUAAAUCCACAAGCAGACUGUUUAACUUAAGAGGGAAGUAUGAUGUGCAGUGGGUAAACAUCUCUUUAUACAUUUAAUAAAAAGGUUUUAAAGUCUGUGUUGAUGCCGCUGCCAUAAUGUAAACACGCCGGAUCUACUUUAGGAAAAUGUGUAAAUCUUUCUUCCUGAACCUCAUAUUUUACAUGUUUUGCAACAGAAUCAUUCGUUACAAACUGAAUUCUCUGAAAGCAGUGAGAUUUAUAUGUCAAAAUAAAGCUGUUGUGGAAAAACAUUUUGUAUUAAAAUAAUAGAAUCAACCGAAUGUCGCAGUUUUAGUUAUCGACUCAUUCAAUCCCACAUUUCUGCCGUAAAUACUCAGGAGAGCUGCGGGUUCUUUUUGGCUCGUUACCUUUUUAAAAACGUUUGUAAUCUAACUCACAACCUCGUCGAGAGUUACAUCUAUAUGACGUGUUAGCACUUUAGCAAAGUGUUGUUAAACUUCACUUUUAUAGGCUCGAGGAGGUAAAACUAUCCAGUAUUUAACAAGAAAACAUAGAAAUAUACAGAAAUAUACACACGUCUGCACUCGAGCACCAAACGUGUAUUAAUCCACCACUGAAAAUAGUCCCCAACAAAUGACAGUUUUGAGUAACUACAGUCCCCGUGUGUUCUAGAAACUCAUGCUGCGUUUCAGUCAAAGUCGGAAGUCGUAAUUUCCCAGUUGAAAUGUCUAAUUUCCGACCUCCAGCUGUUCCAGGAGCACGACGCCAAAUGUAAACAAAAAACAUGGCUGAUGGUGUCACACAAUUACACUCCAGGGACAUGAAUUACUUUUGUCUUUAACUGUGUUACCGUGUUACACACAAAUGACCUCACUUUUAUAAAAUGAAGUAAUUCUCUAAAACGUUGAUUUCUUGACUUUUAAAAAUGACUUCAUUUUCGAAAAAUUGUCUUUUGUCAAUGAAAUGUAAGACUUUUAAUACUAUAAGACUUUUAGUGGAAGCUGAACUCAAAGCUGUUUUAAGAGACCUUGUAAAGGAACUGAUGUUUAGUGCUGAUUAGUAAUAAGCUUUAAGAUCAAUAAGAUCCCAUCAUCACAAAACCAACAGCUUUAAAUCUCCUGCUGAAAGAAUCUUUGUGUUCUCAACAAACAAGUUAAGAAAAGUCAAAUGGAACAUUUUGAAUAGAACAUUUAUAAAACACAUUAAUGCUCUUUUUAAGUGUUAAAACAUUUCAUGAUUGCAUGGUGUAGAAAAACAACACACUUUGAUAUACAGUCACAAUUGUACAUUAUAUUCCUUUACGUUGAAAACAGUCCAUAACAAUCUGUUUUUUUGUCUAUAUAUUCUUUUCAGGUUUGUUUUUUCACGUAUA